CCGCGUUCCGCUGAGCGGCCGCGUCACGUGAUCUGAUGAGACACGCCUCCUGCCGACGCGGUUUCCAGUGGCAACGGUUGCUAGAGCUCGGCGGCUGCCGGUCAGGGCGGUUAGAAAGCGGAAUGGCUCUGAAGAGCGGGUCGGAGGCGCUCGGUACCGGCGCUCUGAGCUCGGAACAGCCGCACAAACUCAAGCAGUUUCAGAUUAAUACUCGCAUUGCUAACGAAAAAUACCUCAGGUCGCAUCCGGAAGUUGAAAUGAUGUUGAGCGAAUUUAUCAGAGAAGUCCUUUUAAAACGGCCCGGCGAUAUUCGUGAAUUUGCUGCAGAACAUUUUAGUGACCCCGCCCUUCCUGGGAGGAUUGAGAGGAAAAUGGAGGCGUAGGAAUCAGGAAUAGAGACCUCUUCCAUCGUGAAGAGAGAGUCACUUACUGAGACAGCUCGGCCAAAUCAUCUGGCAUCACCUACAAUCACAGGACUGAGACAUCGUUACAUCUGCCUGUCUGUCUGUCUAUCUGUGAACAUAAUCCAGAUCUUAUAUUUAACAUCUUGUAAUCAAAAGAAACUACAAAAUGAGAUCGCUCAAAAAAAAAUAAAGUCUCCCACAAGGAAGCUGUGACAGCAGUUCAGUGUUUCCUGUCAGAUUUCCAAAU